GUUCUCCUCUUGAAUCCACUCGAUUUUACAAUUAAGACCUAAAUAUGUAAGAAUAAGACAGAACAAAUAUCAUUAUUUUAGAUAAACGUCCUAGCCGUUUAUGUGCAUUAUAACCCAGAGCAGGCUCGCAUGCUAAUAACCACGGGUUGCAAUCUCAUAAAUCCUAAUAAUGAUUUAUGUCAUACUUUUUAUCAUCACCCUUAUUGGUGACAAUAUUGGUCAAAUCAUUUACGAGAACAUGGGGGAUGACAAAUCUACUGAUGCAAUGAAAACCUGUUACAAGGAAUUUCAUAAAAGAGAACUGUUUCUUGAAAACCAAGUUAACAAAUUAACAAAGGAGGUGCAGUCCAUAAAAGGAUGGACUGUGUUCAUGAACUCAGAGUAUUGGUUGGGUCGCAAUGAGGUUACUUGGGAUAAAGCCAAGUUAAAUUGCAUGGCAGAGGAUGGUAAAUUAGUUGAAAUUGAAUCAAAUGCAGAAGAUACCUUCGUUCGGGCUUUAGCUAUGGAGUUAACAAAAACGGUUUGGCUAGGAGGGACUGACGUCGGGACAGAAGGACGAUGGGUGUGGGGGUCCGACAGAUCCCCAUUUACAUACAGCGCAUGGAACAGAGCCAAAGGACAGCCGAAUAACUACAAUAAUCAGGACUGUCUCAGUCUUUAUCGUCCUUACAACCUAACGUGGUGUGACGAGAAAUGCGAAACAAGAUACCAAUACAUCUGCGAAAAGGAGAUUGCUCAAGAUUCAUAGAAAGCAAACAUCUUCUGCUCGACAAAGAUUGUGUUCAUCAUGUUUUGUUUGUUUUAAUUUGUUUUUUUUUUUUCACAGGUGUUUUUGUCGUCUUGCUUUAAACAUUGAUAUGUUAAUUAAAAGUGAUGGUCUUCAAACAUGUCUUUUUAUUCAAAUUGAC